AAAUUUGUUUUUAUCGUGGUAACUCUGUUUUAUUUUUUUUCGCACUUUCCUGCUCUCUCUCUCUCUCUCUCUCUCUCUCUCUCACUCUGAACUCGAUCGGCAGGUUCCUUACCCUUCCCUUCUCUCUUUCUUUCUCUCUUGGAGUCGAAUUUCCUCUCGAGGAAGAUAAUCCUUUUUCUCAUUUUUCGUGUUAAAUUCCUAUCUGGAGGAAGAAAAGGCUUCAUAUUCGAGGAUUCGAUUCAAAGAGCUUAAUUGUUUUGUUUCUUGAUUACUCCAUUUUGUUUCAUAGGGUUUCGUUGUUCAUCGAGAUCACUUUGAUCUUUUUAUUUUCUUUCCUGUCAUCACAGUCUCAGGUUUUCAUUUUUGCACUCUCUCCAUCGACGCUUCUGCUUAAGUUUGCUUUUUGUUUUUUGUUUUUUGUUUUUUUUUGUUUUUUUGUUUUUUUUUUCCUGGAAUUCGUGCUUGACUCGCAGAGUUCGGAUUAUGUUUUUGUAGCUGAAAAUAUAGAAAAAUAGAGAACGGUGUAUAGCGGGAUUAGUUUUAUUUGAUUUAAAAGAAAACAAAAAAUCGUUGUUGUUUCCUAUUAUGUAGGUAAUUUCGAUGCGAUCGAUGAUCGUUUUUUGUGUUUCCUCUUUUUGUCAAGCUAAAAAAGCUUUUUCCUUUUAUUUUUUUUGGAAGAAGCUCUAAAAUUCUGGUGCGUUUUUUUAGUUUCGAUCAAAAAUUGAGGGUUUCUUGUAAUUAUUCCUCUUGAAUUUUCUUUUUUCUUCUGUUUCAUUCUCGUUUCUCACGUCUUUCACCUUUUUUCAUAGUUUUUUUGGGAGAAUAUUGGGAAGUUAGGGUUAUAGAUUUAGGUUGGGGUAGGUAGGAUCCUUGAUGACUCUUAAUUUUUCUUGUCGUCCUUUAAUCCCUCUGCACCUUUCCGAGGACAAUUUAGUUUCUCCAAUGAGGAUUGCCAAUGGUUAUAUUGUGGAGGGCAUCCCUGAGAAUAAUGCCGAAGGCUGUGGGAAGCCAUGGCAUCGUGGCCGGGAGGUGGAUGGUUGUUUUGACCAUGGAAAGGAUAGUUGUUCAGAUAGCUCACAGGAUCCUGUCUGUAAGGACAUUCUUCAUAUUCUGCCUGCGGAUCCAUUUGGCAUGGAUAUAAGUACCACUUUUACAGCAAUUACGGGAUGGCUUGAGGACAUGGAAGUGGACUAUGACGAGUGUUUCAGCAGCAGUGGUGGCGCUGGCACUGGCGCUGGCUCUGGCGGAAAGGAUAUCGAGAUCUUUGCAUGUCUGAAUUUUAUUUGGAAUAGCGCUUUGAAGUUCCAAACGUUCCCUGAGACUAAAAGUACUGUUCAGAAACCUUAUCCGAUUUAUAGCUGUGAUAGGUGUCUGGAUGGAAAGGUAACUGGCGACGUGGCCUGCUGCUGUGAUUUUGGAUCCAUUUGUAGCAUGGAUGAAGCCUUUUUUGCUAAUGACGACCCUCCUAGCCGUUGUGGGCAGCUGGAUAUAGAAUGUCAGGAGCAGAAUUGUACCUAUACGGAGAUUGAUGGAGGAGCCCCUCAUGCAGCCUUAAGCUUUGCACUUUCUUAUUUGGGUGUCCAGGAUCUACUCUCUGUUGGAAGGGUUUGCAGAUCUCUGCAUUCGGUGGUACAGGAUGACCCCCUUUUAUGGAGGAACAUUCACAUAGAUCAACCAUUGAACGAGAAGAUCACUGAUAACAUUCUAUUGCAAUUAACUAAUAGGGCUCGAGGUAACCUGCAAUGCUUGAGUCUGGUGGAAUGCCCAAGAAUCACAGACGAGGGUCUGAAGCGCGUGCUUGAAAGCAAUCCUAGGCUUACGAAAUUGUCUGUUCCUGGAUGUACCAGACUCAGUAUUGAAGGCGUUGUUAGCAGCUUGAGGGCUUUCAAGUUGAAGAGUUCUCAAGGAGUGAAACAUCUACGAAUUGGUGGAUUAUACGGGGUGACACAAGAGCAUUUCGAAGAGUUGAACUUCUUACUGGGGAUUGACUGCAGCCUUACACAGAAAAAUUCUUAUAAGCAGCAUUUUUAUUUCAGGGGAAACUUUUAUGUGUCUUGUGAUGAUAAACGUGCCAUGGAUAUUGAAAAAUGUCCAAGAUGCCAAAACCCGAGGAUUAUCUAUGAUUGCCCUGUAGAUGGUUGUCAGGGAAAAGAACAUGCAACUCAAGCAUGUAGAGCAUGCACUCUUUGUAUACCGCGAUGUAUCCAGUGUGGUCGAUGCAUUAAUGAGAGUAGCGAGUAUGUGGAAACAUUUAGCUUGGAAUUGCUCUGCUCAGAUUGUUGGAAGCCAUCACUGACGUGCCAAGAGAAACGUGAUGGGAGGGAACAGGAAAAUGGUUUUGUUCGCCAUGCUCAAGGAGCAACGUGGACUGACUUCUAAUCAAUUCUUGGCAUGGACGUGAGUUGCUCAAUUGGCUUUAUUUAGAAAAGAAAAAAAGAAAAAGAAAAGGAAAAAAAAAACAGGAAAAAAAAAAAAAAAGGAAAAAAAGAAAAGGAAAGAAAAAACUAGAAUCAUUUAUACGGUUCUUGUUAUUUUAUUAUUAAGCUCUAGAGUCGGCUGCCUUCAGGUUCUAUGUAUGGUAGCUGUCAUGUUAAUCCUCCAAUCGUUGAAGUGGAAGACCUUAAAAGAAUAAGUAGUAAAUGCAAAAUAGUGAGGUAAUGAAUAAGAAGAAUCUCUUGUGCUGCAGAAGGCUUCUUACUAUCAUUGUUUGAUGUACAGCAGUUGAUCAAGCUUGGAAGAUGAUCUCUGUGUAGGAUCUCGGAUGUUCUGUUCAUCCUUACCUCUUGGUCGCGAAAACAAGAUGAGUAAGUUUUUUCCCAGCAGCGUCUACUCUACCAGGAUGUGCUCUGCCCUGUGUAAGUGCAGCUCUGCGAUUAUGACAAAGGGGAGCACAAACUUGAUCAAUCUGUGUAGUGUUGGAAGUUAGGUGUCUCUGUUAUAGUCCUGAUAUCUUCAUGAAUAAAGCUACCGUUGGCCUGUGAUGUUCUUUCGAAGGCCACGUGCAUUCUCAGAGUUAUCUCAAAUCUUUUGGGGAUUGGUCAGUAUCCUGUGCUUUAUACGGUCUACCAAAAGUUUGUUGUCUUCAACAUUUCUGCAUUCUUGUUUCUUCAUCUAGCAGUACGUUUGCUUGUUCGUAAUACCUGUGAACGUGGGGAAUCAAAUAAACAAUAAAUGUGUUAUUGUAUCUUUCGAAGUAGUCGUGUACUUCCCUCUUGCUGGACUAGUUCUACCGUCAUUUGCACCACGAAACUUGCUUCUUAUUGUUAUGAAUAUGAUUUAUAAGAUGGGAAUAUGUUUGCAAUA